CACAUGCUUCUGAAGGGAUUGUAUUUUGUUUUUCACAUGAAUGCGGGCGGAGUUUCUCCAGUGUGAGGAGCACAGCAGCUGCUGCAGGGCCACUGCUGUGCUUCCAUUCAUUACUUCACAUUCGCUUCUAACAAGCACUGCGUGAGAAGACACGUUUGUGCAAUGCCCAAGAAAAGAUCUUUGGUCGCUUUAAUUCACCACUAACAUGGAAGCCCGUUCAGGGGUCGAGAGAGGCUGAACAACUGAAUUUUAAGUGGUUUGUGAGAGGAAUGCUGAUGUGAGCUGUUACUGCGGGACUCUCCACUGAUUUAGGAGUGUUUAUUUACAGGAACGGAUCUCAAUAAUACGGGUAACAGACGCGAUACAAUGAUCGUUUCAUAAAAAUCAUUCUGAAUUGCGUCGAAUCGCUGGUGCUGAGGAGACUGCAUCGGUUUUCCCCAGCUAGCAAGGAGAAACGGUGUCAAAAUGGGAAACAGUUUCUCCAACAUAUCCUCGUUUCAGUCUCUCCAUAUAGUGAUGCUCGGCUUGGACUCCGCAGGAAAGACCACUGUUCUCUACAGACUGAAAUUUAACGAGUUUGUCAACACCGUGCCCACAAUCGGAUUCAACACGGAAAAAAUCAAGCUGAGUAACGGCACAGCCAAAGGAAUAAGUUGUCAUUUUUGGGACGUUGGUGGUCAGGAGAAACUCCGGCCCUUGUGGAAAUCUUAUAGUAGAUGCACGGAUGGUAUUAUUUAUGUCGUGGACUCCGUAGAUGUGGAUCGAUUGGAAGAAGCAAAGACAGAGCUGCAUAAAGUUACCAAAUUCGCUGAAAACCAAGGAACGCCACUGUUAGUCAUUGCUAAUAAACAGGACCUGCCUAAAUCUCUGCCUGUGGCCGAUAUAGAGAAGCAACUGGCACUCCAGGAGCUCACGCCUGCCACUACAUACCACAUCCAACCAGCCUGUGCCAUCAUUGGCGAGGGGCUUCAUGAGGGCAUGGACAAACUGUACGAAAUGAUAGUCAAACGACGAAAGUCCAUCAAACAGAAAAAGAAGCGAUAACCGAGGACUCCAAAAGCCUGAACAUGCCUUUUCCAUUGCUGAUGCCCUGAGUCACUGGGUUUGCCAACGCAAUGAUGCACUGUUGACAUUCAAUUGGAUAGUUAUUUAUUUUCAAGCUGAAUUUACAUCAGACAUGUCUGAUGAUGUUACGUUUGUGAAAAUGAUGCAAGUGAACGUGAUGGCGAAGGCGAUUUUAACAGCGAACCAAAAUAAUGGAUUUGUUUAAUUAAAAGGGCUGGUCCCUGUUAAGAUUCCAUUAAUAUGCAUAGCCUGGUCAACAGUUUGAAGGAGCUCUCUUCCUAAGCAUUGUGAAAAACAUUGUAACAUUGUUUCAUGGAAUGCUUGAUAUCUUUCAAUGACUUUUAUUGAACAUAGAAUGUUCUGAAGUUCUGAAGAACAUUUUAUGGAGAACUGUAGCUUCAAAAUCCCAGAAUGAAUUUGGGUUUUGAGGAUCAUCAAAACUGUAACUUCACAGGCCUGAGUGAGUACUGGGCCUCAUGAAGAUGUCUAGACUUAUGGAAACUAUGAAGAACACAAGUGACGGACAUGGCAUCGCCUGUAACACGGUCCACCUCAAAGCACUUUUUUUCUUACCAAGAUGUUAGUGUACAACACUGUAGAAGAGAUAUUAGACUGUCAGUGUAUUACAGAGUCAAGAUGAAUCCUGAAGUAUUUUUAAAAUAAAAAGUGUGAUAAAG